GGAGGAGCACGCUGGAGGGGCUCCGCGCGCGCGGGGCUCCUCUGAAAACUCAUCCCGCCGCGCGCAAACUGUCACACGCACGACACGCUCCGAACACCUCUCUGCUCGGUUCCCUCUCACGCAGCUGCCGCUCGGGUCUGGAGGGAAGCAGCGACAGAUCAGCCAAAGAGGAAUUCUACUAUUGAAUGUGACAUUGACCUGCUGAGGGAGGACGGGAAUUAAAAGCCAUCAGCAUGAAUUUCGUUAUGAAACAAGCGUUGGGGGGGGCCACCAAAGACAUGGGGAAGAUGCUUGGUGGGGAAGAGGAGAAGGAUCCCGAUGCUCAGAAAAAAGAGGAAGAACGGCAAGAAGCACUGAGGCAACAGGAAGAGGAGAGGAAGGCCAAAUAUGCAAGAAUGGAGGCUGAGAGGGAAAAUAUCCGGCAGGGCAUCAGGGACAAGUAUGGCAUCAAGAAGAAGGAGGAGAAGGAAGCGGAGGCGGCAGCUGCAAUGGAGCAGGCCUCCGAGGGAAGCCUCACCCGCCCGAAAAAGGCUGUCCCCACCGGCUGCGGUGAUGAGGAGGAGGAAGAAAGCAUCGUGGAUACGGUCAUGAAAUUCAUCCCAGCUCCUCUCAUGGAUAUGUUUAAUAAAAAGUAAUAGUUGCUCAGCUGAAAUGUGGUUUAACUUCCUGCAGCGUCCUUCUAAUUAAUGCUGUUCCAGCCUGUCCUGCCCCACCCUGCAGCCACAUCUAUCUUCACCACUUUCAAACCCAUAGGUGUCUUCUGGGUAGCGUGCCGUUAUCUUAUCUUAAAGCUAAGAAGAUCGUGAUUCAAACUGUUAAGAGCACCACGAUAGAAACCAUUUUCCAGGGCUCAUCCAUCACCCACCCUUUUUGUUUGUAAAUAGCCUUGGUUGUACAAAAAAAGAGAGAACUAUAUCUAUGAGUGAAAUAUGAUAUAUAGCAAGAUGACCAAGAGUAUAAGCCAUAUUUUUCAAGAAAUUAUCCAAAUCAUAUCAAAAUUUGAUUGAGUUUUACUUUUAAGUUCUUGCUGAUAUUUGAUACAUACUGUGUAAAUAUAAACGAAAAGCAAUUUUUGGUUUUGAUUCAGCUCAUUCUGUCCCUCAUAAUUCACAGUGAAUGUAUAACUAUACGUUUCAAACAAACUGUGUAAACCAGAACCUGGAGGAAUUUGUUAGUGAUUAAAUGUUUUGUUGGUUUCUUUUUGGGGUUUUACUCUUUUGCAUGUCGUUAAUGGUUGUGAAGUGACGUUGACAGAUUUUCAAUCCGAAUACAUUGAUAUUUGAGGCAAUAACUGGAUCUCCAUUUUUAUUGAAACGACAUUCCGCCUGAGGUGUACAGCGUGUCCAGAAGGUUCUUCCAUGGAGAAAACCUCCGUAUGUUACGCAUCUCCUAAAGUCACAGGUUUUAAAACGUUAAGUCCAAUGGCAUAAUUUUUUUUUUUUGAGAUGUUGAAAAAAAAAAACCACAACGAUGUUGUGAACACACAUUCUAUGUGAACAGACAGUGACGAUAGUGCAAUAUAUUCUGAGAAAUAUGAAGUUGUCCUGUGCGCAUUGGUUUGACUGAUGGAAGUGGAACCUUAAAUCAGCAAUACCAGACAAUCUUCAUUCUUGUGUGUUAAAAUUUACUCUUUAUUGUGUUGGUAAUUGUUGAAAACACAAAUGGGUCCACGUGUUCUUUUCAAAGCAGACAGAACAUUUUAACUAAAGGAAAACUUGGGUUUCGUUCUCGUCACGUAAGAAUUUUCACUACGACUUUACUAACAUCACUAAUCCAAUCUUUGAAAUUUUUCUUUCUUAAAGUCAAAAACUGACAUGGCACAAAUGAGGAAUGUUGAAGACGAAAAAACAACAUAAACUUUAUUUACACUGAAUCUUGUCAAACAUUCCAGAUCUUUCUGACAUUCCACACCAGCGUCCGCUGGUUACUGACUCACUAGGCAGACGAUGACAGUGGGCCUCGGCUAUAGCUUCUCCAAUUUGGCUACACCUUUAACCGUUCAAUGACAAAGCUCUCUCUUCAACCGUUUCAAGUAAUUCCAACAGAAUCUGAAGCAUCAGAAUGAAUUGGUUUACACCAAAGAUGGGCAACUCCAGACCUCGAGGGCUCAAGUGUCUGCAAAAUUUCCAGAUAUAUAACCCCUACUUAUGACUGAUUACCUGGUUCAGGUGUGUCCAGCCAAUUAGAACAUGCCAGGUAUUUUGGAAAACAUGCAAGAAUGCGGCCCUCGAGGCCUGGAGUUGCCUAUCCCUGGUUUACAUUAAUUGUGUAAACACUUUACUACUGUAAAGUACUAAAAUGUACUGCUGUAAAGUGCUGCAUAUCAACAAAAUCUGCUGCAAUUACGUUAACGCUCUGGGGUUAAGGGGUUAAACCAACCACCAUUUGUGACAAUGCUAAUGCUAACAUUGUUUCGGUUGCCCCCGCAGGAUGGAUAAAGGACCGUUAAUGUGCUGUUAUUAGCAUCAAGUUAGCUCCUUUCGUGAUAGAACGUGUUAGCUGAUGUUUCUGCAACCCGUCCGCUCCAACCGACUAUCUGCCACUCGCACUGUUUUCGCUAGCUAAACACCGAUUUGGGACUGUUUUCCUCUGGAGUCCGUAGGAGAAAUUUAGCUAUCUCUGUGUUUGUGAGCUCUGUAAAACGCUAAUGCUGUUUAAAAAAAAAGGAUCAAAAAGUUGACUAUGUAAAGCACAUUUACUGGAUUUUAUGUAGUUUUAAUGUACUUGUAAACUGCCUUUGCUAGCCUCUGUGUUUGCAGAUAGUUAGCAACCAGUAGUUAUCCGAUGCAUCCAUUGUCAGAGUAGUUCUAUAAUCAAACCAAAGAAUAGGGCUGGUAUUAUUAGAUUUAGUCAAAUGGUUUUAUUCAUAUCACCUGCAUACUUUAUUUUAAAAUUCUCAGGUAUUCGAGCUUUAUGCUUUGGUUAGACGUUAACCAUUGUUCGCCUUUGCUGAGAGUAGAAUAGUGUUUUUAUUAACCUGAAUUUCUCAUUUUAGCAUCUUAUUCAACCAAUACUUGUUUUUUGAUUAGCCCUGGAAAAUUCUAGAAACAGAGAUUACUGCCCCUGAAAAGGACUCCAAGCAACACAGGCUGAAAGCUUCGUGCCUCACUGGGCUGACAGUGUUUGUGAUACAAUUGGUCACACCAAGGAUGUUUCAAAAUGCUUUUGGAAGACUUGUAGGGAUUUUUAAUUUGCCUACACCCUUUGUAGGGGCCAAACGUCUGUUAUGAUGGAGUUUUAAACUUCUAACAAAGUUUAUUCAACUUACUUUAAAUCUGUACUUAAUGAUGACUCAAAAAGUGAUUAAGAAAAUUUAAGGUAACUGUCGCCAUAACAACCUUUGAAACACUGAAUUUGUCAAUUUAAGUAUUUCGAAUCAUUGUCCAAACAUCUUUUUAAAAACAUAGACUCUACCAGUUCAGGAGUUUCCUGUCUCAACACAUUUUUCUGCAGCCCAGUGAGAUACCGCGGCUUCAAAUCACAAAUGUGUUCCAGUGGAGUCCUUUCAAACCUGUUCACUCUAAAAUCCAAUCAUGUUUACGUGGAAUCCACCCACUUUAACCAUUCGAGAUGCUUUCAUCAAAAUCAUGUAGAUGCUACUUGAUUGCAUCGCUAAUGGCUAUUAAACUACUGCCCAAACUUACUGCCCGAGUCACAAGUGUUCACUACUUUGUAGUCCAGUGCCAGAAAUGUCCUGCCAUCUUAUUUCCACUUACACGGCCAUGACCAAGUUUUAGAAAACAAACUGAAACAUGGCUUUGAAAAAAUAAAAAAAACUGAAGAAAUCUUUGAUGUGACUUGAAUGUAGCUGUCUGGUGUCUCUCUCUGUUCUGUACGUGUUAGGAUGCUUACUCUGGUGCACUGUAUUUCUUCUGUUGUCUGUAGUCAGUCCUGUUUUCUGUCCUCUGGUGGUUAAUACUUUUGAGAAAAAACAAACAAACAUGUUCAUUUGAUGCAUUUUUUUCUACGGCUAAAUCUCCUCAACUCCCGCCCCUUCUUCCCUCUUUCUAUCUCCUAUCUGUUGACGAAAAAUGUAUGCAUGCUUAUGGUGUGUGACGUAGGCAAGGUUGUUGAUAUAACCGUUUCGUGUCUUCUGUGUGUGUGUUUCAGAGUUCCACCUGUUAGCCUCACUGCAUGCCAUUUUAGACAAAUAUUUCAGUCUGUAACCUUCCUGCAAAAAUGGAAUCACCGCACACUGAGAAUAAAGUGAUUUCAUAUGAUUUUU